AUGGCGUCCAACAGUGCCGUCCUGCCUCUGCUGAGGCGUGAAAUGCAAACAGUUUCGGCCCGCCUGUCACGAGCUUCCCCCUCCGUCACUGCGCUUCCUGCCCCAGGGCGUUCCCCCGCGUCUCUCUUCUCGACCCCCCCUCGCCGGUCUAUCGCCCGCCGGUCCGCCUCAUUUCUCCCACCUAGCCAGACACGAGCCUUCUCUCAAUCGGUAUCACGGAGGUUUACUGACGAGAAUGGGAACUUCGAUCCACGGUCACUAGACCGCGAGUCUGACGAGGUGGAUGUGUGUAUUGUCGGUGGUGGUCCCGCCGGUCUUGCCGCCGCCAUUCGCUUGAAGCAGCUGGCUAACGAUGCCGGCAAUGAGGAAUUUCGCGUGAUUCUGCUGGAGAAGGCCGGCGAGCUGGGCGCUCAUAUCGUAUCGGGCAAUGUGCUUCAACCCACUGCGUUGAACGAGCUCCUGCCGGACUGGCUGUCCGAGGACAACCCUUCGAAAUUCGAGGGGGCCACCCCCGCCAAGGGCGAUAAGAUGCGUUUCUUGACUCAGAACUCCUCCUUCCCUCUCCCCACGCCCCCGCAGAUGCACAAUGAAGGAAACUACAUCAUCAGUUUAAGCGAAUUGACGAAGUGGCUAGGCGAGCGCGCCGAGGAGCUGGGCGUCGAGGUUUACCCCGGAUUCGCAGCCAGUGAGGUCGUAUACAAGCCGGAUGGAUCGGUGAAGGGUGUUGCGACCAACGACCUCGGCCUUGGGCGGGAUGGAAAGCCCAAGGAUACAUUUGAGCGUGGAAUGGAGUUCCACGCCCGCGUCACUCUUCUCGCCGAGGGCUGCCACGGCAGCUUGACCAAGCAGGUGAUCAAGAAAUUUGAUCUGCGCCGGCACAGCCAGCCGCAGACCUAUGGGUUGGGAAUUAAGGAGAUUUGGGAGAUUCAACCUGAGAAGUUCAACUCUGGUGAGAUUACCCACUCGAUGGGUUAUCCUCUUCCUAAGGAUACCUACGGUGGAGGCUGGAUGUAUCAUUUUGGAGACAAUAUGGUGAGCAUUGGUCUGGUGGUGGGAUUGGACUACCCCAACCCCUGGCUUUCGCCGUACGGAGAGUUCCAAAAAUACAAGCAACACCCUAUGAUCAAGAACGUCCUUGAAGGCGGCAAGUGUAUCUCCUACGCUGCUCGUGCGCUCAACGAGGGUGGUUUCCAAUCUAUCCCCAAGUGUGCUUUCCCCGGAGGUGCUUUGAUUGGAGAUACCGCCGGUUUCCUCAACGUUCCCAAGAUCAAGGGUACCCACACCGCGAUGAAGUCGGGUAUGCUGGCUGCCGAGUCCGCGUUUGCGGCUCUGCAAGGUGGGGAGGAUAGCGGCACUGUCUUCCUGUUUGACUAUGAGAAGGCUCUGCGCGAAUCUUCCGUUUGGAAGGAGCUGAAGGAGGUACGCAAUAUCCGCCCUUCGUUCAACACUCCCCUCGGCUUUUUCGGCGGCUUGCUGUACUCUGGACUGGAAGCCUACGUGCUCAAGGGCCGUGUCCCGUGGACUCUCAGCCACCAUGGUACCGACGCCGCUGCGACCAAGCCCGCCUCUUCAUACAGCAAGAUCGAUUACCCCAAGCCGGAUGGCGAAAUCACAUUUGACAUCCUGACUAGCGUGAGCCGCACCGGUACCAACCACGAGGAGGAUCAACCCGUCCACCUGCAGGUGGAGGAUUGGGACAGGCACAAGGAUCUCGCCUGGCCCGCAUACAAGGGUGUGGAAAACCGGUUCUGCCCUGCCGGCGUUUAUGAGUACGUGGAGGACCCUAGCAAACAGCAUGGGGUCCGGUUCCAGAUCAACGCGCAAAACUGUAUCCACUGCAAGACCUGCGACAUUAAGGUGCCCACUCAGGAUAUCAACUGGCAGACCCCUCAAGGUGGCGAGGGACCCAAGUAUAUGCUGACAUGA